AUGCUGACCAUUGGAGACACCAGUCCAACUAACGACAGAGAAAGGGCAGCGUUUCCUCAAUGUUCGCUGCCAGAAUUAUAUACUUCCCUUGAAGAUUUUUAUAAGGAGAGCAAGAAAUCAAAUCUCCUAAACAUGAGUGGUAUUUCACUUAACGAAGCACAGAAAAUGCUUACUAAAAAUCUGAAUACCAUGGCACUUGCCAGGGCCACCAGUGGGCGCAGGAAAGAUUCCCAAACAGUUAUCAUAAAAACAGUUCAUGGAUCUAAAGGAUCUGGAAUUGAGAUAUUUUAA